ACUCUUUAUCCACCUACCAAACUGUGCACUAACCCAGAGUGUGGUGCAUGGCAAGUCAGCACAGUGCUCAAGAAAGAAGAGCAACAUCAGGCAGUCAUCUUUACCCAUGCAAAUGGUGCUCAACCAGCAUGGUCGGUGCACUUGAGGUGUCGAGAAUGCCAUACCAAUUAUUACCACAACUACAGUGUCAAGGACGGUAUCAGGACAUACUACAGCGAAAUGCCAUCCUACAUCCAAGUUGCUGAACAUCAAUUCAUUCAAUGUGAGCUUGCAAUGCAUUGGAUGGAUCUAAUGCAGAUCGCGUGA